CACAGAGGCAGGGUUCAGAGGGGGGAGGCACUCACACACAGACUCACACGCACACACACACACACACACUUAUGCGCGCGCCAGCUCACACACAGCACAGCUUUUCUCAGGCUGCUCAGACUGACAAGAGCAAACGGAGGGAGAGGGAGCGCGUGUCAGAGAGAGUGAGAGAGGGUAAAGAAUAGGACCCUUAUCUGAGGAAGAGACAGAAGAAGAAGAAGAAGAAGAAGAAGAGGGAAACAGGACCCCCGGAGGACUCUCCACUGCACCGCCUCGAGCCGCACUCAGGAAUACCCCUCGGGUCCCCCGCCUACCGGAACCUUCUCUGGGAAUGUACCUGCAGACGGCGCCGCGGCCCCGUCCCGCGCGCGGCGGGGCCGCCCCCCCCCUGUCCCGCCGGCUCCUGGCCCUCUGCGUCGCCCUGGCGCUCUGCGUGCCUGGCUCCGGGUUCAACCUGGACACGGCGGGGGCGCUGAGCAAGGCGGGAGAGGAGGGCAGCCUUUUCGGCCUCUCCGUCGCGCUCCACCGGCAGCUGACCCCGGAGCCGCACAGCUGGAUCCUGGUGGGGGCGCCCCAAGCGCGUGGGCGGAAGGCCCAGAGGUUCACUCGUCCAGGGGCUCUGUACCGCUGUCCAAUCAGCGCUGAGGAGCACGACUGUGAGCGGGUGGACAUUGAUGGUGACGUAAAGACUGACCGAGAGAGCAAAGACAACCAGUGGCUCGGGGUGACUGUAAAGAGCCAGGGAAUUGGAGGGAAAGUUGUGACGUGCGCCCACCUGUACGAGAUCCGGCAGCGCGUCCACCAGCCGUCGGAGACGCGCGACCCGAUCGGGCGCUGCUACGUGCUGAGCGAGGACCUGACGGAGCGGGACGACCUGGACGGGGGCGAGUGGAAGUUCUGCGAGGGCCGGCCGCAGGGGCACGAGCAGUUCGGCUUCUGCCAGCAGGGCAUGGCCGCCAGCUUCACCCCCGACAACAACUUCAUCCUGUUCGGCGCCCCUGGCACCUACAACUGGAAGGGAGAGCUGCGCGUGCAGCUCCUUAACCAGUCACUGCUGGAUCUGGGUUUCUAUGACGAGGGGCCCUAUGAGGUGGCGGACGAGAAAGAGCAGAAUGCCCAGCUGAUCCCAGUGCCCUACCACAGCUACCUGGGGUUCUCGGUGGACUCUGCCAUGGCGGUGACGAGCCGGGCGGAGCUGACGUUCGUGGCGGGGGCGCCGCGGGCCAACCACAGGGGCGCGGUGGUGCUGCUGCGGAAGGACAACGUGUACCGCCUGGUCCCCCAGCACAUCCUGUGGGGGGAGGAGCUGGCCUCUUCCUUCGGCUACUCCGUUGCCACCGCCGACCUCAACAACGACGGAUGGACAGAUCUGGUCGUCGGAGCUCCCAACUUCUUUGACCGCAAGGCGGAGAUCGGGGGGGCGGUGUACGUGUACCUGAACCCGUUCGGCCUCUGGGACAUGGCGAAGCCCAUCCGGCUGAAUGGAGCCCCUGACUCCAUGUUUGGCCUGACCGUCACCAGCCUGGGGGACCUGAAUCAGGACGGCUAUGAAGAUCUCGCAGUGGGAUCCCCUUUUGAUGGUGAUGGCAAGGUCUUCAUCUUUCACGGAUCCCAUUCGGGUAUCGACAGCAAGCCUGCCCAGGUGCUGGACGGAGAGAGCAUGGGAAUGACCGGAUUCGGCUACUCCAUCUCCGGGGGCGUGGACAUGGACGGGAACUCGUACCCGGACGUGGCUGUGGGCUCCCUGAACGAUCAGGUAGCUCUGUACAGAUCCCGUCCGAUUGUUCAGGUGCAGCGGGAGGUGGCCAUCAAUCCCCAGAACAUCGACCUGGAGCACCGCAGCUGCAGGGGCAGAGACGGAGUGUGCGUGGAUGUAAGAACCUGCUUCAGUUACUCGGCAAUGCCAGAAACGUAUUCACCAAACAUCACCCUGGAGGUGCUCCUCGAGGUGGAAGCGGAGCUGAGGACGCUGAACAUGCCCCAGCGGGUGAGCUUCCUGGGUCGCAGGGCAGCGGACCCGGACUUCCUGCACACCACUGAGGUGGAGCUGAACGGCCAGGGACAUGUCGCCUGCGAGAUCACUACUUUCCUGCUGCAGGAGAACCCUCGGGACAAGCUCCGCCCCAUCUCCCUGUCUGUCACUCACAAUAUCAAACACAGGAAGCCACCGGCAGACUCCAAGCUGGGCGAGCUGACCCCGAUGAUGAGCCCUACCACCCCCAACACCCUGCACACCGAGGUGAAUUUCUUGAGGGAGGGCUGUGGUCCUGAUAAGAUCUGUCAGAGCAACCUGCAGCUGAGCUACCAGUUCGGCACGCGUCCCGGGCGGUCCGGGCUGUUCACCCCUCUGCCCCUCGACGAGGACGGCGUGCCUGUGUUCGAGUUCUCGGAGAGGAUCCCGCUGGCCCUGGAGGUGACGGUCACCAACAUGCCCUCCAACCCCGCGACCCCCCUGGAGGACGGGGACGACGCCCACGCUGCCCAGCUGCUGGUGACUCUCCCAAAAACCCUGUCCUACUCUGGCAUCAGGACACAGGCGCAGGUGGGAUGUCACGCCAGUCUGAAUGGCUCAGAGUGUGAGCUGGGAAACCCCCUGAAGAGAGAUGCCAAGCUAACAUUCUACAUACUCCUGGGCACCUCUGAUAUCACCAUAGAAACCAGCGACUUGUCUGUUGAUCUCCUCCUGUCAACUAUCAGUGAGCAGCCGGAUCUGGCCCCAGUCACCGCCUAUGUCAAAGUGGUGAUAGAGUUCCCCCUGUCUGUCAGCGGGCUGACCCGCCCACAUCAGCUGUUCUUCAGCGGUACGGUGAAGGGGGAGAGCGCCAUGCAAACUGUGGAGGAAGUGGGAAGCGCAGUGGAGUAUGAGUUCACGGUGAGCAACCCUGGGAAGCCCCUGCAGACGUUUGGCUCCGCCUUCCUGAACAUCAUGUGGCCUCAUGAACUGGCCAAUGGGAAGUGGCUCCUGUACCCCACAGGAUUUCACUUUAAGGACCACCCACAUUCCAGCUGUGUCUUAACCAACCCACUGGGGUUGAUCUCCACCGAUCAUACUCAACCUGCACACCUUAAGGCCAGGCGGAAGGGGCGCUCUCACCCAGAGGAGGAGGGGCCGAUAGUGCCGAAGAGCAGCCUGGGACGGGCCUCGCCCGCUGUAGCAGCCUCAGAGAGGAGGAAGUCUCUGAGGCUGGACUGUCUCCUUGGUUCGGCUCGCUGCAUUCUGUUCCAGUGCCCCCUUCAUGGGUUCUCUGGGUCCACCCAGCUGACGAUACAGGCCCGCCUGUGGAACAGCACCUUUAUAGAGGAGUUCUCCUCAGUCAGUGCUCUGGAACUCUUGGUGAGAGCCAACAUCACAGUCAAAUCCAGCAUCAAACAUCUAAUAUUGAAGGAUGUUGCAGCACAGGUCCCUGUGAUGAUCUACCCGGAGCACACGCUGGCAGAGAAGUACUGGAUCCCCUGGUGGAUUAUCCUGAUCGCCAUCGCCGCUGGCGUCCUGGUCCUGGCGCUCUUAGUCUGCAUACUCUGGAAGUGUGGGUUUUUCCGUAGAGCUCAGUAUAAGGACACCGUGCCCCAGUACCACGCGGUGAAGAUUCCCCGUCAGGAUCGCCCGCAGUUCCAUGAUGAAAAUACGGGAACGCCACAGAAGAAGGAGUGGGUUACUCACUGGAGUGACAGCACGUCCUGAACACACAUGUCCUGAACACACACACACACACACACGUCCUGAACACACACACACGCACACACACACGUCCUGAACACUCACGCACACACACAUCCUGAACACACACACUCACACACACACGUCCUGAACACACACACACACACACACAAACACUUCCUGAACAUGCACACACACACACAUACACACACACACACACACUCUCUCGCUCAGAAACACCCACACACACGGUGUAGAAAAUGCACUGAAACCCUGACUAACCUGCAUUGACUGGUAUCCUCCACGUGCUCAUACUGCGUGGCCACGCCCACCCGAACUCACAGACACAGAGGGGGCCAUAAGCCCCACCCACUCACUACCACUGACACCCAUUGUCCCACAUGACCGGGGAAAAGGGAGGGAACCACAGACAACCCUGCUGAGACAAACACUGAGACAAUGAACCAAAUCUGCCCAGCUCAAAA